AUGUUGAAAGAUUCAGUGGUGCCUAAAAUGUGUGAACUCUGUGGCAGGGAAAUAUUUACUUCAAUUACGAAUGUUCACGUGAUGUUAUUCAUGUUUGUAGCACAUCUAGCACAAUAUUUUUACAUUAUUCUUGUUUUCGUUUCAAGUAUUUAUGCUGAAGCUGUUUUGGUUAGCAAUAUUGAAAUGCCAACAUAUUACACGUUCAUAUUUGUUUUAGACCAUUAA